AAGCAGAGGCGCUAAAACAGACACCUAAACCGGCUGAAGACGCCUCGGGGUUACAGCAUGUCUGCGCAUGAAAACACAGGAGACAGCUCGCCUGUUAUGACGUCAGAGGUCACGCAACACAAACAAACCCACAGACUGUAUCCAACACUGCCAAAUAUAAACAGGUUGGAGGUUUGCUUGCCACUCGGCUCCACUGGGGAGAAACUUUGUGCAGCUGCUGAGAGUCACAAUGAGCAGAAAGACACACAGUUGGAAGAGCCGGUCAGCGGUUACUACGCCAUGAAAGAGCAGAUUCUCAUCUUGGAGCAGCAGAAUAAAGAGCUUCUUGCUAUUAACAAUAAGUGGGCAAAAGAGUACAGAACGAUGGUGCAGUAUUACAAGAAGGUCCAGGUUUUAAAAGCAUUAAAACAAGAUGGCGUCUCUGAAGAGGAGAGAAGCGAUGAAGAAGAGGGGCCUGUCACAUUCUGUAAAAAGGAAAAGGUCCAUAAAGACACCCAGCCUGGAAAAGACGGAGUUCGAACCGAGUUACGGACUGCAGAGGAGGAAACCGAAGAGCUGCGAGCGCAGAACCACACCCUGGCCUGUAGGUGUCAGCAUCAGCAGGAGGAGAUCAGGAGGCUCAACAAGGCCUUAGAGGAGACGAUUCAGAGAUCUCAGCCUCUGGAGAACAGCAGUGAAACACUACAGGACAUCUGGAAACAUCAGGCUGAAGUCUACAAGGAGGACUUUCUGAAAGAGCGCAGGGACCGGGAGCAGCUAAAGGGGAAAAAUCUGGAACUGGAGAAGCGAUAUAAAAAGGUUCAUGACGAGCUUCGUGUCUUCAAAUCCCAGGUGACUUUGGCGCAGCCGGUGCACUGCUGUUCCUGCACGAAUCGACGCAAAUAUCCGGACAGGGAGCAGCAGCACGUCCAGCAGCAACAGCGCUACACUUUCAGCAGCAAAGACUGAAUGAAACAUUUAGGGUUUGAACGAUGAUGUUUCGGUGGAUCUCAGUGGAGGAGGAGGUCCUGACAGAAGAGCCUUCAGGAGGACAACCUGCAGCAGCUUCAUGUUACUGAAGACACAGAAAAUGUUGUGCUGUCAAAACA